AUGACACAAACUGAAAACACAGGAGCAAAACUCAACUUUCUAGAAGACGAACUGAUCUUAUGUUUUCACGGUCCGUUACUUUAUGAAGCAAAGAUUCUCAAAGCAGAAAGCUGGGGUCCUACCGAUUCCGAAUCUGGGGAAGUUGGGCCACAUUAUUUUGUGCACUAUAAAGGAUGGAAGAAAACUUGGGAUGAAUGGGUUCCAGAGGAAAGAAUUGUGAAAUAUAAUGAUGCUAAUCUGGCCAGGCAAAAACAGUUAAAAGAAACGUAUUCAAAUAAGAAAAAGAAACUUGUUGUUAAAGAUCGACCAAUUGCAAAUGUGCAGGAAUCAUCAGAGAAUUCUAUAAAUAAUGAAUCUGAACAGAAUGAAAGUCCAAAAUCCGAGGAUGCUUCUGUGAAACUAGAGGACCAAGAGAUAAAAAAUGCCGAAGACGAUCAAAAAGAGACAGAAAGCGAAAAUAUGGAAGGAAAUCAAAAAUAUAUGAACCGAUUGGAAAUUAGAAUUUCGAUGCCUGAAUCACUAAAAUGUAGAUUGAUAGAUGAUUGGGAGAAUGUCACUAAAAAUCAUUCGUUGUUAAAGCUUCCUCGAACACCGAAUGUUGUGGAAAUUCUGAACCAAUAUUUAGAUUACAAGCGUAAAAACGUGGCGUCAAAUUUAUCAUCAUCAUCAAAGACAGAAAAAGGUGACAUUUACACGGAAGUUGCACAUGGUAUUCAAGUCUAUUUUGAAAAAACAUUGGGCAACAUUCUCUUAUACGGAUACGAGCGACAGCAAUAUGUCGACAUCCGCAAGCAAUAUCUAGAAAAAGAGAAUACAGAAAUUUACGGGGCUGAACAUUUACUGAGACUUUUUGUUGAACUUCCUCGGUUACUCGCACAUUCGCAUUUGGAUAAAGCUGCAACUGAUACUCUAGAGGAACAUUUGGAAGAUUUCUUAAAAUUCUUGCAAAAAAACGAAGAACAAUACUUUAUCACCGAAUAUGAACGUCAUGGGGUUCAGCCUGCAAAGAAGCAAAGGACAACCAACGAGAAAAAGACGUAUGGUUAUAAUGUUAAUAAUUCUGAGGGGUGGGUUUGCGGUAAUUGUGGAACUUCAAACACUCCAGGGUGGAGGGCAGGGGAGACCCCAGAUCAAAAACUGUGCAAUGCAUGUGGUCUUUAUUAUGCCAAAUAUAAAUCGCAUCGUCCAUCAAGUUUGUGGAAUAAUCAUAGAG